AUGUCGCAAAAGCUCGUUCGGUUAAACUCAUCCGCCUCAGAGUGUGGAUUAAUUGUCCUUUGGCAGGUCGAAGCAUCCAACGUCUGCCGAUUUGAUAAGUGGAAAAUACCAUUUCAUAUCUCGGACAUCAAAUGGCACCGGAAUCAACCACUAUUCAUUGCAGGGUGUUCGACACCCCAGCAACUUGCUUAUUCGAAUUUAACCAGUGUGCGGUCAGUAGUUAAUCUCUAUGAUCCGUUGAGGACACACUGCGAAGUCAGCUCCUUCCAGUGCCCGGCCUUGGACAUUAAUGAAAUUACUUUCUGUCCGAGCAACGAUAACUAUGUCACCGCCAGUUGUACUGACAAUCUGACUUACGUUUAUGACCGCCGUAACCCAUCUAGCGUGCUCCAUAAACUUGGGCAUGGGAAGCCCAUUCACCAAUUGGAUACCUCUGUUACACAAGAAGAGGAUGAUACCGGCGUUUGUUUGGCAACGUGGAGUGGUUCUACAUUCUUUACAGGAGGCUCGGAUGGAGUUGUUAAAACGUGGGACAUAAGACGGUCUGCAGACGAUCUAAUUUUCGAGGAUAUUGCCACUUUCAAUCACGGGGUUAUGUCCGGCGCUUUAUCUCCAGACCACACGAAUUUAGUAAUUGGUGAUAGUGGUGGAUCUGUCCAUAUCCUCUCAACAGCGCCUUUUAGCCGGGAGAACGAUUUAGAUCUAGCCUACCAUGCCGCUGAAGUGAAUACCCAAACCAAUAACGACUGCGAAGAAUCUGUGGCCGGUAUCUUGGAGUCGAAGAGACUGGUAGCCUCUGGGAAGCUCACUCGUCAUCCCAUCUUUGGGUUUGGUAAAGGCCCCCUAUAUGAAGGGCCUUACGCCACCUGGGCUCGGCCACCAGGGACGUCUCCUAAUGAGAUAUCGUACACCCCAUUGGAACCAGCCAUUCAAGCUGAACAAUUAGAUGGCCCACCAGUCUCUCAAAGACAGCUUCUGGAUCAAGAUGGUCAACGUCGUGUUCAUCGGCAUAUCUCACUAGCUCUAGCUCGAAAUCGGGAAAGCGGACCAGCUAGAUCUCCUCGCAAGGGCAGCAAGGCCCGGCGCCUGACCGAGCCGGUCGCGCCAUCGGCCUCUCAGAUCCCUCAAAUUGCUCCAAGAGAAACAAUCGAGAGCAGCAGUGAGGAAAGCGACAUUGUCUCCAGACCGAAGCGCCGUAGGUAUCCAUUACGAUCCCCCCGCAAAACCAAGAAGCAAUCAUUGCGGCCGAAAAAGCCUAUAUGCAUUGACUUAACUGGUGACACAUCAGAGGAUGAGCGUCCAAGCUCAUCUUCCAUGUCUUCAUACGCCACUUGCGAUUCCCGACAGAAACUAUACAAAGUAGAAACGGAUCUCCUAGAGGAGGAUAAUUGGUGGCCUAAUAGUGAAGAUGUUACAGGCCUUGGGUUGUAG